AUGCUUACGAGUAUUAUGAUAGCCGUCGACUUCGGGACGACUUACUCUGGCCUUGCGUUCAGUGAUCCAUCCCAGCGAACCGAUGCUGCCAUCCCUAUAACUGACUGGGGUCGGGGAGUAAGCAGCCAAAAAGUUCCAUCCGAAAUCCGCUUCGACGGCCCAGGGAACGAGCAGUUUAAAUGGGGGUUUCAGAUCAAACAUGGCCAGGAGAGACACAUCUGGUUCAAACUGGACCUCGAUCCCGACAACUCUCGAACAGGCAAAUUGACCCAACUCUCAAGAACUCUGAAGGAUCUCUUCGUGUCCCCGCCUGAAUACCAACGGACCACAGAAGACAUCGUGGCCGCUUACCUGACAGGCCUUCGCAGACAUGCAGUGACUCAUUUGGAGAAACUCUACGGCGCAGCCGUUAUGAAAGACUGUCAACUCGACUGGAUCAUCACCGUCCCCGCUGUGUGGUCUGAUCUGGCCAAGAAGAAGACGCAGACAGCAGCGAUGAGAGCAGGCAUGGGCGAUACUACCUCAUUGCAAAUGACGUCGGAGCCUGAGGCAGCUGCUGUUUAUGCACUUAAAGCUCUAGAUCCGCAUCAUAUCAGGGUUGGAGAGAGCGUAGUUAUCUGCGAUGCAGGUGGGGGAACUGUUGACUUGAUCACGUACAAGAUGAAAUCUGUAAACUAUCCGUAUGAAGUCGAGGAGACAGCAAUUGGCGGAGGAAGUCAGUGUGGCAGCACGUUUUUGAACAGGAAAUUCGAGGAACUGCUCAUGCGGAAACUCAAUGGGAAGCCUAUUUCUAAAAAUGCAAAGGCCAUGGCCAAACGCAAUUUUGGCACUGAAGAUGACGAUGAGGAUGAAGAAGAUAUUGAAUUCCAGAUACCCAUCCCCGGUGUUGAAGAUGACCCUAGCGUUGGAAUCUCUGCUGGGUUCCUCGAAAUGAGCUAUGCCGAAAUGAAAGACGUAUUCCGUCCCGUAGUGGACGAGGUGCUUUCGCUACUAAAUGAACAGAUCGAAGCUGCCUCCACACAAGGUCCCAUCAGCGCUGUUAUUCUCGUUGGUGGCUUUGGAGAAAGUACAUAUCUCUACCGCCAGAUUAAACAAGCUGUCUCACCCAUUCCGGUUUUACAGCCACCCAACGGGUGGACGGCAAUAGUUCGCGGAGCUGUGAUGAAAGGCAAAUCCGAACUUUCUUCUACUCCAAGUUGGAAUGUGAAAUCGCGGUAUUGCCGUGGGAAUUAUGGAUUGGUGCUAUGGAUGCCUUGGAAAGUGGGAAUGCCAACGGACAAGAAGGUUUGGGAUAAGUACGAGGGCCUCUAUAAGCACUCAGAGUGUAUGCAGUGGUGUAUUAAGAGGGGUGAAAGAGUCCGAGAGAAUGCCCCCAAAUCUUUCCCUCUAUAUCGUGCCGUCCCCCUUGACGACCCCUUAAUAUUUUCUAGUUCGAUAUACUAUUCUCCUCUGGAUGGAUCGAGCUCACCCGUCUAUUUGAAUAAAGACUGCCGUGAACACUGCGUUCUAAAUUACAAUCUCUCCUCCAUCCCACGGUCGAAAUUCAAGCGCAAGCCUGGGUCUCACGGUUAUGACUAUUAUGAAGUCGAGUACUCAGUCGAUGUCACAUACUACUCUGCGGAGAUGAAAUUCGAACUUGUUUGUCAAGGAGAGAAAUACGGUAGUGUCACGGCCAAGUGGCUGGAAUAA